AGUUGUGGUUCUGCCUUCGGUGAGAACGGAUAGGUUGACGAAGAGGUGAAGGCGUCGCGUCGAUUCAAGUAUUUUUUUUUUCCGGGGUGGAAAUAUUUUUGAGCCGAGCGGCCCCGACCGACCUCUCCCGAGUUUCUUCGAAGGCGAUUCCUACCUCUCCGAAUUUCCCGUAUCCCACGCCCGCCUCGCGCUAUGACCGUCCCGUACACACACAAGAUAGCCAGUCAGGGGUUUGGGUCCAUCUUUAAGGUGCUUCUGAGAUGGACCGGCAGCGUAUACAAGAUGGUAUGGCAGGAAGUCCUCGUCUACCUCCUCCUGUACUAUUCAAUCUCCUUCAUAUACCGCUUUGCUCUUCCCGAGACCAUUAUGAGAUGGUUCGAACGCCUUGUGAUGCACAUCGCCGUGUUUAGAAACAUCAUCCCGGUAUCUUUCGUACUUGGUUUCUACGUGGCGUUGGUCGUGGACCGGUGGUGGGGCACGUACAAGAGCUUCCCCUGGCCGGACACGGUGGCAGUGCUGCUCGCCACGCACCUCGGAGGAAUGGAUGGCAGAUCAAAGGCACAGCGGAGUGAAAUUAUGAGAUACGUCAAUCUCACCAUCGCCAUUACGUUUAGCAAAGUCUCCCCUGUCGUUAAGAAGAAAUUUGGGUGUUACCAAGAUUUUGUGGAUAAAGAAUACAUGACAGAACGCGAGAAAGAGAUCAUAGAGAGGCUAGACGGCAACUGCGGAACACACAUCACAUACGUCCCUAUUAUGUGGGCGUGUAAAGUAGUGGACCGGGCGCGUCUCGAGGGAAAUAUCAGGAGUAAUUCGGCUCAAAAGACAGUCACCGACGAGAUCCUCAAAGUGCGAGGUCGCUGCGGCUCCGUUAUGGGGUGGCAUGAUAAUAAUAUUCCUUUGGUUUAUACGCAGGUCGUGACAAUCGCCGUCUAUUCCUUCUUCUUCUUCUCCCUCAUCGGCGAGCAAUACAUCGACCCGAAGCAAGGCUACAACGGCUACAGCAUCGACUUGUAUUUCCCCGUGUCCGGUCUCCUGCAACUUGUCUUCUACAUGGGCUGGCUGAAGGUGGCCGAGGCGCUGCUCAACCCUUUCGGAGACGAUGACCACGACUUCGAGUUGGAUGCGCUCCUCGUCCGCCAUUGGAGGAUGAGCCGCCUCCUCUCCCAACCUGCCGAGUUCGACCUCCCUCCCCUUACCCGCGGCGACGACGCGGACGUGGCCAAGGACGAGUUCGGGAGCGACGAGCUCGUUCCUAAGAUGAACUCCAAGCUUUACCCGUCCGUCGAGAUUGAUCUUUGAGGUGGAAGAAAGUUGG